AUGGCGACGCUAGCAAGUCUGGAGACGAGUCCAUCGAAAGUCAACAGCAUCAGGGAGCGCGAGCUCUACCGCUACUUCCAGCCUCCAGAGUCCCCCAAGCAACAAGAGACUCUCAGCGUCCAUGCCGCAUCCUCACCUAACACCACCCUCACGGCUCUGGCACAGUUAUGUGCCCUCCGACUGCACGCGAAGAGGGCAAUGAUCAGCGUGAUCGACCGAGAGAAGCAGUACUUCGUUGCCGAGUCUACCAAGACACUGGACCUCGUGAAUAACAGCAAAUCGGAAGAAGAAGGUGACGGGCUGUGGUUCGGAUGUGGAACCGUCGACAAGUCGGGGAGACUAUGCGAGAAGACCAUUGAAUUACCGCCCUCCUUGGCCUGUUCUCCAUCUGUGUUAACAGUCACAGACCUCUCGAAAGACGAGCGAUUCAAUCGAUUACCAUUCGUUACCGGACCUCCAUAUUUCAGAUUCUAUGCGGGAACACCUUUGACUACGAACAAGGGGGUCAACAUUGGCUCCCUGUUCAUCCUCGAUGAUGUGGCACGGCCUCAAUUAAGCAAUGAUCAUGAGCUAUUCCUCGCUACUAUUGCGCAGACGGUCAUUAAGCAUAUGGAGAUUACUAUGGAGGCCGACGAGCGUAAGAAGGUGAUGAGGCUUUCCCUGGGUAUGAACGCAUUCGUGGAGGGAAAGAGCAGGCUAGUGCUAGAUGACCUGACACACAAGAUGGGGAUGGCUCACAAAAACUGCUCUAACAGCGACGGCGGACUGACAAAAAAGAGAACUGAUAGCGGGAACAAACCAUUGAUGAGCAACAAUGGGACCCAUAGUGAUCAAGACUCUUCUCAAGAGGACUCGGAUUUUGGCAAGACCAGUAGAAAUGUGGACACGGGUCAUCGGAUGACAUUUGCAAGGGCAGCAAACAUACUUUGCGAAUCUCUAGAGAUCCGCGAAAGAGGAGGCGUAGUGUAUUUCGAUGCGACAUCGCGGCAUGGUACAGAGACUCGCGAUUCCCAUGACCGAAAAUCCCAAAGACCCGCUGAGAUUGUCAGCUACUCUACGCCUGAAUCAGAUCUAUUCCUUGAGAACCAACCAUCUGAGACGAAGUCCUUCAAACCCGUCGAUGAGACUUUGCUGCACAGCUUGCUCGCCCGGUAUCCUCGUGGGAAGUUGUGGUCCUUUGACCGAGACGGUAGCUUAUCAUCCUCGGAAGAGGAGCCCCUAUCUCCUAGGGAGCGAACCAAGUCUGAAGGUAGCAGACAAAUUCGAGCCAAUAGGAAGCAGAUCGAGGCCGUGCUUCUUCAGCAACAUUUUCCGGGUGUUCGCCAGUUGAUCUUCUCCGGUCUAUGGGAUGCUUCUUCAAGCCGCUGGUUUACUGGUGGCUUUGCGUGGACUACCUCUAGUCGUCAAAUUUUCUCACGGGAGACGGAGCUCAGUUUCUUCAUGGCUUUUGGAAACAGCGUCAUGGCAGAAGUGUCUCGGCUGGCAUCGAUCGCGGCAGACCGUCAGAAAGCGGACUUCAUAGGAUCCAUUUCUCAUGAGUUUCGAUCACCCUUACAUGGCAUACUUGCUAGCGCAGAGUUCUUGGCCGACACCGAAGCAGAUGCAUUCCAAAGCAGCCUGGUCGAUACAAUAUCCUCAUGCGGCCGUACUUUGUUGGACACCAUCAACCACAUCCUCGAUUACAGCAAAAUCAAUUCGUUCGAGAGGAAUUGGCGCAACGUACGCAAGCCAGGGUCGAGGGCAAGAGGAGCGGCAAACCGCCGAAUAGCUGACAAGGAAGCGCCUCCAAUGAUGAACAUCUACGCGACCGUGGAUGUCGCAGCAGUCACAGAAGAAGUCGUUGAAGGGGUGUACGCAGGCCAGAUCUACCAGGACAUUAGUUCGACUGAAGCGACCGACUUCUCUAACGGAGCUAAAGCUGAAGCUCUUGAUCGGGGCAUACAUGUUGGCAAUCAGUCCCGUGUGAACAAGGCCAGCGCGGCGAAGGCGGUAGAGGUUAUACUGGACAUUGCUCACGAAAACUAUGUCUUCACUACGCAACCAGGGGCGUUAAAGAGGGUUAUUAUGAACAUUUUCGGGAACGCACUCAAGUAUACGCAAAAAGGAUCGAUUGUUGUCAAGCUAGCUCUUGGCCCUUCGAACCAUGAUGCAAUGGAAGACACAGAGAGGAUUCUGGAAAUCAAGGUGAUAGACACCGGCCGCGGCAUAUCGUCAGAAUAUCUUCGGACGAGUUUGUAUAAUCCUUUCUGUCAGGAAGACGUACUAGCAAGUGGUACCGGACUCGGUUUAUCCAUCGUCAAGUCGAUCCUCACCAUGCUCCGCGGUACAAUUGAUGUCCAAAGCGAAGUAGGGAAGGGGACCGACAUCACAAUUCGCGUACCACUGUCACGCGUGCCAGGGACUGAUACACCAGUCUCCACUCCAAGUACAGAUGUAUCGGUCGAUGGGACCUCUCAGGAUGACUCGAUGCGUAUCCUCCAAGCUGAUUAUCAGGCAUCAACAAUUGCUCUGUACGCUUUUCACUCCACAGAGUUCCCGAGUGAAAUGACAGAGGUGGGCCGGACGAUCAAAACUUGUAUCGAAGACUGGUUUGGACUCCGGGCAUGCUUAUCUUUGUCUGAGUUGACGUCCAAGGAUAUUAUAGUCGUCGACGAGAAAGAUCUGGCCGAGCUUGUAACACAAAAUGCUACACCCCUGCCAACUGUCGUGAUAUGCAGCAAUUCCACCCGCUCUAAGGCUGCAUCUCGUCAAAACAUGCCAGCCGUCACAGAAUUUGUAUCAAAACCGUUCGGACCACACAAACUCGCUAAAGCUCUCCGACUGUGCUUAGACAAGGCCAGAGAUUACCAUCUGGGACUGACUCCAGUGAUACCAUUCUCAAGCGGAGGGCAUGGUUCUUUGAAGUCGGAGGCAGGUACUGCAAUACCACAUUUAGAGCAUCUGACGAUUGAGACUGAAGAUGACCUGCGCCCUCUCCGUGUCCAGACUAACGGUAUCUUGACAGCGAGUGAGUCAGACAAUGCUCAAAUGGCUAUUGACCACUGGAAUACCGGUUCUUCAAAUGACACCAUUCAUGGGACAUUGAAUGAUGGUCAGAAUUUCCCAUUCCCUGACCAAAGUCAGCAAAAUCAAUCCGAAACAAAUCCCAUAUCACCUCGGUCGCCUGUGAAAGAGAAUGUCGCAAUGCGCGAUCGGCCUAUGGGUGAUCUUACGAGGCGCGAGUCAAGACGUCCUCCCCUAAUAUCGAGAAUGACAGCACCGGCGGUGAGAACAGCUUUCCCGCAUUCGCUUGAUCAAUCGUUCUAUGACUCAUCAGCUAUUACCAAGCAUGGUGAGACCGCAACGUUUGAAACAGAGACGCCUUUGAGUGACGCAGCAAAAGCACAUGUACUGAACGGAACGACUUCUUCAAGCCUCACGGCGUCGAACAUGGCUCUUCACAAUGGUGAGACACCGAACAAGACGCCUAAAGCGCAGCCCCAGGAGCGAAACAAGCGUCCUCCAAGACUGCUUUUAGUAGAUGACAAUAAAAUCAACCUGCGUUUACUGGAAACGUACAUGCGGAAAAGAAAGUACAAGCUCGUCGACUCGGCUGAGAACGGUCAAUUGGCUGUGCAGGCCGCCGAAUCCCACGAGCAUGGCUACGACAUCAUCUUCAUGGAUAUAAGCAUGCCCGUGUUGAACGGAUUCGAAGCCACCCGAGCCAUCCGCGACAUCGAGGAAGCGCGCAGCCACAACCGAAGGGACGGCCACGGGCCCUCCCCGGCCUUGAUCAUCGCUCUGACGGGCCUCGCGUCCAGCAGAGACCAGAGCGAAGCUUUCACCAGCGGCGUGGAUCUCUUCAUGACGAAGCCCGUCUCUUUCAAAGAGGUCGGGCGCUUGCUCGACAACUGGGAAGCACACGGAGGCGUCAAGCCUUCGGAAGAGGAGGCGAAUGGGAAUGCCACUUAG